CUCUUUGUUUUCGGUCUCAAAAUAAUAAUCACAGACGAAGGGCUAGAGAGAGAAAACCCAGAGAGAGAGGGGAGAGAAAGUGUGUUGAAAGACCAAUCUGACCUCCGUGUCCGGCUGCUUCUUCUUCCUCCUUCUCCUCUCCUCUUCCGCGUCUGCCUGUUUCUUGUUCCUCACCAUGAAUGAGAAGGCCAACGUUACCAAGGAGCUCAACGCCAGGCACAGAAAGAUAUUAGAAGGGCUUCUUAAGUUGCCAGAGAAUAGGGAGUGUGCUGAUUGCAAAGCUAAGGGACCACGAUGGGCUAGUGUUAAUUUAGGCAUUUUUAUAUGUAUGCAAUGUUCCGGGAUCCACAGAAGUCUUGGUGUUCACAUAUCAAAGGUUCGUUCUGCUACCUUGGAUACUUGGCUUCCGGAGCAGGUUACUUUUAUACAAUCAAUGGGGAAUGAGAAGGCAAACGAUUACUGGGAGGCAGAGCUACCACCAAACUAUGACAGAGUUGGGAUUGAGAAUUUUAUUCGUGCAAAGUAUGAAGACAAGAGAUGGGUUCCUAAGGAUGGAAAACCAAGAUCACCUUCUCGAGUACGGGAAGAAAAGCCUUCUUUGCAUGUGCAGAGGCCUGGGGAAAGAAGUGGGUCAGGGUAUUCACAUUCAGGUCAUUCUGAAAAUUUGUUUGAGGAAAGAAAGAAAAUUCAAACUCAGUGUGUGAAAGAGAGUAUACCUGCCUCAAGAAUUAGUCUUCCUGUUCCUCCUAGAGGACCUGAACAAGUUGCUCCAGCCCCCAAAACACGCCAAGAGCAAAAACCAGAACCAGUUGUACAGCAAGCCGAAGCAACGAAACAGACUACAAAUGAUGCCCCAGCUGCCUCUCCUCCAAAAGUUGAUUAUGCUACUGACCUUUUCAACAUGCUAUCCUUUGAUAGCCCCUCUGAAAAUGGCUCAGCAGCAGUUUCUACGGAUGAUAAUUCAUGGGCUGGCUUCCAGUCUGCUAGUGCUGAAGUAGCGGCAUCAGCUGAGAAACCUGGUCCAGAAAAACCAGCUGAAAGCAUUGCCCAGCCCUCUUCUGGAAUUGAGGACCUUUUCAAAGAUUCAACUUCAGUUUCACCUUCUUUAGUUCCUGAAAAACCUGUCAAAGAUGUUAAAAAUGAUAUAAUGAGCCUUUUUGAAAAGUCCAGUAUGGUCUCUCCAUUUGCUAUGCAUCAACAGCAACUUGCCAUGCUAGCUCAGCAACAAUCACUUCUCAUGGCUGCUGCAGCUAAAUCAGCUGCUGGGGAUGCAAAAUUCGGUAACACCCAGACCGCUGUCCCCAAUGGUACCAAUGUACCGCCUCAAAGUUGGCCAAAUGUUGCCUACCCGAUUCCCGGAUUGAUGAUGCAAAUAGGUGCGCAGGGUGGGCCGCAAACUACAGUGCAGACAAUGAACAGGGCGCUGGCAAAUCCAGUUGGGAGUUCUGUUCCAUAUCCAACAUCUAGCCUUUAUAGCCUCGGUCAAGUGUCUCCAGCACCGGUGAAUGGUGUGACCUCUGCAGCAAACAAUAAACCUCAAUCGGCAGCGUCGGUAUCGUCAGCUACUCCUUCGCAGUCGGGAAAAGAAUACGACUUCUCGUCUUUAACACAAGGUAUGUUUUCAAAACAUUAAACUGGUGGGUGCUGGAAUGAGGAUGGAUGAUGAUUAUACCAAGAAAGGUAAGUUGCAGGAAGACAGCAAUGGUCAAUUUUUUCCACCUGUACUGGGGAUUGUAAACUAUUACUUGUAGAGGCAGUCUCAGUUUCUAUAAAUUUAUUGCCCUUUUUUCUUUUUCCAGAGUGAUUUCUUCAUUUGUAUGAUGAGUAGCUUUGUCUUGACCAAUAAAAGAGGGAUUAGAUUAAUAUGAUUUAUCAAUUAUACCAUUUUGUAGUUGCUUAA